UCUUCCGUGUUGUUUGGGAAUGCCACAAACUUGUGAGAGUGAGAGGAAUGUGGGGGGGCCGCGGAAUAUCUGUCCGGGGUCGGUGGAUUAUAACAUCUGAGUUGAUCACAGCGCGGCGGGAAGAGGAGACUUUAUAGAGAUAUAACUCCGGAGACUGUGGGACAGGUGUCAGAUACAAAUGCGGCUAAAAGAUCCCUUCUCUUUAAAAUCGUCCGAGAUGACGAAGCGGUCCAACAAGCCGAAGAAACCUCGCGAGGAGGAGUCAUCCGACGAGGUCAGCGGAUUGACAUGUCAGCAUGUAAGUAAAGCAGUGGAUUUAAACGCGGUGAAGAAAGCGGUGACGGGAAGUUUGUGGUCCGUUUGCUCCGACUGCAUGAGGGAGAGAGACGUGUUCGAGGCGGAGCAGGGCGGAGCCCACGACAUCCUGGUGUGUCUCAAGUGUGGCUUCCAGGGAUGCAGUCAGUCAGAGAGGCAGCACUCAGUAAAACACCAGCAGGCUCAUCACUCGGACUCACACUGCAUCAGCAUCAGCCUCAGCACCUGGAAGACCUGGUGUUUCGAGUGUAAUGAGGAACUCUCCACACACUGCAAUAAGAAAGCUCUGGCUCAAACACUCGACUUCCUGCAGAAACACUCGGCCAAGUCAGCCUCAGGAUCAAUGUCAAAGAUCAUCAAGCUGAUCGAGGAGCCUGUGGAAUUUGCGGAGCCGGCGCGAGGGAAGAGUCCGGUGAACAGCACGCUAAUACCUGUUAAAGGAAUCGUGAAUCUCGGGAACACCUGCUUCUUCAACGCGGUCAUGCAGAACCUGUCGCAGACGCACAUGCUUAAUGACCUCAUACAGGAAGUGAAGGAGAAAGGUCACAAGAUGAAGAUCUGCCCUUCUCCUGAGACCAGCCUGAGCCCACUGACUGUGACUCUGGCCGGUCCGGAGCCGCUCACAUCCGCCAUGAUGUUGUUCCUGUACAGUAUGAAGGAGGCAGGGAAAGGACCGGUGUCUCCCAAAAUCCUUUUUACUCAGCUCUGUCAGAAGGCUCCCAGGUUUAAGGGUUAUCAGCAGCAGGACAGUCAGGAGCUCCUACACUACCUGUUGGACUCGGUCAGGAUGGAGGAGAACAAGAGAAUUAAAGCGUCCAUCCUGAAAGCCUUUAAUAAUCCCACUGAGAAAACAGCUGAUGAGGAGACCAAGCGCCAGGUUAAAGCGUACGGUAAAGAGGGCGUGAAGUUGAACUUUGUUGAUCGCAUCUUUGUUGGCGAGUUGACGAACACCAUCAUGUGUGAGGAGUGUGAACAUAUUUCGACAGUGAAGGAGGCGUUUAUCGACAUCUCUCUGCCCAUCAUCGAGGAGCGAACCUCCAAACCCUCAAACCCGGGUCGUCUGAGUAAACCGUCCCGAGACCAGGAGUCCCCGAGCGGUCACACUGACGAGCUGUCUCACUCUCUCGCCGCCCGGACAGUGAAGAAGCCGAGCGCUCAGAAGGCCCAGGGUCGGAGGUCAUUGACUUGUCAUGACACCAGAGGAACAGACGAAUCCGUGUCCACCCUGCGAGACGACUCCGCGUGUUCGGGUGUGCAGCGUUGCCACGGCGACACGGCAGGCAGCCAAUCAGACGGCAGCGAUAAAGACUCGUCUCCUCAGGACAGCAGCAACGACGCGGACAGCGAGGCGUCCGAGUCCGAGUGCUCGCUGAGGGUCUCCAGUUCCUCCAAUAAAGCCUCGUCUUCAUCCCCCUCCCUCAACCCCGCCCCGCCUAUAACAAGUCCCGCCCCUCUUGUGCGGGAGCAGACAGGACGUGCGGUGGAGCAGCUAGUGAGUGCGGUGUCCAAGUUAGGGUUAGUGCCCACGCCACUGGACGGGCUCUCACUCAGCCUCGGAGUGGACGAGCGAGACAGGGAGAGAGAGAGAGACAGGGAGAGAGACCACCAGGGGGCGUUCCAGGCGCUGUCUCACAGCUACACCCCGGCGUCUAAAGAGUGCUCGGUCCAGUCCUGUCUCCAUCAGUUCACCUCCGUCGAACUGCUGAUGGGAAACAACAAGCUGCUGUGUGAGAAGUGUACAGAGAGACGGCACAAACAACACAGGAGGAGUGGAGAUAAGAAAGCAGAGAAGGUGUACACGAGCGCUCGCAAACAAAUGCUGAUCUCAGCACUGCCACCAGUCGUCACACUGCACCUCAAACGCUUCCACCAGGCCGGGAUGAAUUUACGGAAGGUGAAUCGACACGUCGAUUUCCCGCUGGUUCUGGAUUUAGCUCCGUUCUGCUCCGCCUCCUGCAAGAACCUGGGUUCUGGAGAGCGGGUUCUCUACAGUCUGUAUGGUAUUGUGGAACACAGCGGCUCGAUGCGCGGAGGCCAUUACACAGCGUACGUCAAAGUGCGAACACCACAGCGCAAGUGUGAACAGCGCAAGAGUCAAUCUGGUUGCAGAGAGCCUGUGACUCCGCCCCCGGGUCAGUGGGUGUACGUGAGCGACACCAGCGUCCAGACGGUUCCUGAAUCUCGAGUACUGAACUCUCAAGCCUACCUGCUCUUCUACGAGGAGCUCCUCUAGGGGGCGCUAUUACUUAUGGAACUUUUCUGUUCUGACAUCACUGAUGUUCUUUUACGGAUGCAAUCAUAUGAUCAAUCAACUCUAACACACACACACACACACACACACACACACACACAGCCUGCAGUUUGAAAAAAGCCUGAUCUGAACUGCGCUCAUAUUAACAUGAUGAUGAUGAUGAUGAUCAUGAUGAAGAAUUGUAUGACAGAAGAUGAAAGAAUUUGCAUGACAGCGGGUGACGGGGCUCGUUAACGAGACGCUGUAACGAGUAGUAACUAUUCUAAAAUGUAGGAUUAUUUAUAUUUUACAGAUAAUGUUUGAUUUCGUUGCGUGUUAAAGAGAGUUCCUGUGUGAUUCAUACCAAAGAGCGUGGAACACAGCGGGCCAUGGAACCACGGAACCACGGUUCCACUCUGCCCGACACAAUACAGCACCACAAUCAGCACACGCACACGUUGUUGUUAAUAUUAUUAUUAUUAUGAGAAUACUAAAGAUUGACAAAGCUAACAGUCUGAACAAACAAAUGUUUAUCUCACACUCCAGAGGAAAUAAAAAUCUCAUUCUGUG